UUUUCUUCCCUUUCCCUUUGUACCAGAUGAGAUGAAACCAGAAACUAGCCAAAACAUUUGCCAGGACUUCCUCUUGGGCAGAUGUGGUUUUGGAGAUAGAUGUCGACUGUCUCACAGUGUGCUUGACGUCCCUCAAACCACACACUCAGAGGAAGAUGAUACAGCCGUCACAGAAAAGCAGAGCAAGACCCGAAAAGAUGGAAAAAAGACUCAUUCUGAAAAGCAGCCUCUAGAGACUGAGAAGGACGACAAUUUAACAACUGCCACUGGACAACAUGAAGAGUCCAUCAACACAGGAGAUGUUUCAAAUGACCUAGAGCAAGUGACAGAGUUUUCUGAAGAACAGGAUGAUUUUGUAACUUCAGGUAUAGCAACAAAAAACAAACAAGAGCUAGGAGAUGGUGUAGAUCGUUCCUUUACCGAAAAUGCUGAGAAAGGACCCAGAGACAGCAUCUUACUUUUGCAAAAACAAUCUGCACCAGAAGACAAAAAGAUGGCAGCUUCUAAAGAACUGAGUUUGAAUCAGUUGGCAAAGGAGUUAUCUGUCACUCCAAAAAAAGAACAGACUGAAAUAGUGGAAGAAUGGAAGGACAGCUGGAAUGGAGUGAGUGGUUCAAAAGCAGAGCUGGUAUCAUUCCAUCUGCCAAAACCACUUUUAAGACAUCCACCAUCAAACAGACCCACACACUUCAUCUGCUUCCGCGUGGACUCUCCCGCUGCUCUCCAGGCUUUCCAGCGCAUUCAGAGAAAGGUUCUCUCUCUCCUCCCUCAGUCAGAGCCGCUAUGGGUGGACCCCGCAACUUUACACGUAACUCUUUCCUUACUUGUCCUGAAGUGCCCAGAGGAAGUCAGCGCUGCUGCUCAGCUCAUGCGUACCACAAUCAGAAACGCCCACAAACCCGCUAUUUCUGUGUCUUUCACUCCAAAACUAAGGCACUUUAAUGGGACUGUUCUCCAUGUGACCCCACAACCCCUGUUCCAUGUCCAGUGCCUGAAUUCCCCUCUUCAAGAAGCCUUCAAGGAGAAGGGCUGGCUACACCGUCAUUCCCGAUGCCCAACGUACCAUCUCACCCUGGCCAAAUCACGGGGGCCCAUGACAGAGAAGAUGUUUGAAAGGAUAGAGACUGUUAAACUGGCCAAAGAUAUCAACUUCGGCAAGCUGGAAGUAAAUAAACUCUAUCUAUGUGUGAUCGGUCAUACAAACCCAGAGAAUGGUUUCUAUCAGGUUGUUGGUGCUGUGCAGCUGCCCAAUGUGUAAAAGUGAACUCAUCUGAACUCGGCGAUGAUGGUUAUUAAUUACAUCCAAUACCUGAUGUAUUUUAAAU